UUAAAAAAACGCUAGGUAAAAGCUGGUUCUGUUUUGAAUCGCGCUCCGGAGAAACAAACAGAUACUAAAGAUGGAAUCUUUCAACUAAAUUCGAAACCUUUGAACUAAAAUUCGAAAGUUUUAAUGGGUACCACCGAGUCGGGUUCGGAUCCUGAAUCAAGCUCGAAUGGGUGGAGCUGGGCUCGUGGUUUGGUGAUUAAAACUCUGGUUCUUGUUGGCGGUGCUCUUCUCAUCAAGCGUCUCACUAAAUCCACUACUCGUAGGGAUCACGCUCGCGUCGUCUCUCGUUCUCUCACCGGAGAGAAGUUUACGAGGGAGCAAGCGUCAAGGGAUCCUGACAAUUACUUCAAUAUAAGAUGUCUUCUCAAGACAACAACGACAACAUGUUUGAAGAAGAGUUUGAAGGAGAAGAAGAAGAACCUCGACAACGUACUGCAACUAGUGGAUCUAAAAGGCAAAAAAGCAGCACAAUUGCUAAAUCAACCUCUGAUUCUCCUUCGGUGAAAGUAAGGAAACAAAUGGCUCCAAGAUCGGAUGUGUGGGCUAAUUUCAUUAAACAGAUUGUUGAUCCCAAGCUGGCCAAUUGUCGAUAUUGUGGAGCAGAGAUAGGGUGUGACACAAA